UAGUUUCAGUAACUUUACGAAAGCAAUAAGUUAAUUGAGGUUUUAAGAACUUAUUCAUAUUUUGUAAACCUUAACCUUUUGUGAGCGUGUGCUUGUUCAAAUCUUACGAAGUUUAUGUGAAUCUGUGCUCACAAAAUCUUUGGAAAGAAGUAUUUAACACACGCCUGAAAGCCUCCGUUUUACUCGUUUGGACGUUAUUAUUAUUUUUCAACGAAAUGGAUGAGUUCGAGGAACCAAUGGACGUGGACGUAUUCACUGAUUAUAUUAAACAUGAUGAAUCUGCUGAACAGACAUUACGAGCAAAAAUUUCGAAAGAUCUCAUACUUCCAAGUUUACCUACAAUGCCUGAAGUUCUUGAUACGAGAUAUGAAAAUCGUGGGGGAACAUUUACUACUGGUAUCGAUAUAUUCAGUAAAGAGGAAAAACUAAAAAUGGAAGAACGUGCUAAGCGAUUUGGAUUGAAAGACAAGCUGCAAAGCGUCAUUGCUAACGAAGCAGAAGAGUUAUAUGCAAGCAUGGGAGUGACAGAAGAUGGAGAGAAUUCUAAACAUCUUAGAUUAAAUGUUAUUCACAUGCGAGGCACUGAAGACAUGAGCUCGAAGGAUGUCUUUACAUAUUUUAAAGACUAUGCACCUGCUUCAAUCGAAUGGAUAAAUGAUGUUUCAUGUAAUGUAGUAUGGUUGGAUAAUAUAUCAGCAGCCAGAGCUUUAUUGGGACUUUCAAAAAAGAUAGUUGGAGCAUCUGAAAAAUCUGAAGAAAACAGUCACGUUGAGAAAAGUAAUUUGGAUGACAAGAAUGAAGUAUCCCGUGAUGAGUGUUUAGUUAAAGUUGUUCAAGGUAGUGGAUCAUCAGAUGAAGUAACAAAUGAAAAAGAUAAUACUAUAAACCUUAAAGACAUCGAUUGUCCAUUGCCUCCUGGUCAAUGGAGGAAAGGUAUUAAUCAUGCAAAGAGCAAGGGAAUUUUUUUAAGAUUUGCUACUCGUGCUGACAAAAAGCAACCGAAAGCUGAAAAAAUGAGUGAUUACUACAAGAAAUAUGGAAAUCCAAACUUUGGAGGGGUGAAAGGUAUUUUAACUGAGUCUCGGAAGCGUAUGUACAAGGAAACCCGACAGACGAAAAGAAGGGCACGCGAAAGUUCCGUGGAAGGCGAGGCAACUGACGUGAAACGCAAAAAGAAUCCUUGGGGAUCGUUGUCACAAACUUGGGGCAUCUAUGACUCGAUGGAAGAAGCUCCACAGAGAAACCCUCCACCCAAAGAUUAUGGAAGUGGUAUUAAAGAGAGGCUGGGCUUCAAAUGUGCAAAGGAAGACCCAAUAGUGAUAUCUGACUCAAAUACUAGCGAUGAGAGUGACAGUGACGAUGAGUGGUGUAAGAGAAAUAAAGGUUUACGAAUGCGAAUGCAUGCUGAUGACGAGGAGGAGAAACUUAAAAAACGUCGUAGUAAACUUCAACAUCAGAUGAAAACUAUGACAGACAGAAAUACUGAUUUGAGGUCUCGGCUUUGUAAAGGAAAAAACUUCUCAAUGUACCCUGAGAAAAUACAAGUAGUGGUACCGAACACACAAAUGAUGAAAGUUGAGUUAGUUGGAGAUGAUAAAUCGGAUAAAGAAGAAGGUGAAAUCGAAGAUGAUGAUGACCAGAAGGAAAUUGAAGAACAAUGGAUCGAGAGUGAAAAGAUUCAGAUCGCAGAAAAGGAGGAAGAAGACGAGGAGGAGGAGGAGGAUGAAGAUGGAGAAGAGGAAGAAGAGGAGAAUAGUGAAGAUAGUGAACUGUCAGAGAAAGAAAUACAAGGGCCGAAAGGCAGCGUAAUAAAGGUCGUACCACGUAAGCCACGGUUAGCCUCCACUGUAUGGGCUAGGUUAAAUCACACGAAAAGUGAUUCAAGUGACAGCUUCUUGAAGCAAGACCGUUCUUAUAGAGGGAAAACGAGAGAAACCUUUAGAGGUGUAGAUUUGCGUACCCGUUUGAAUCAUCAAGCGAAAAGUCGAUCACCUCUAAGGAUAGAAGUCAAAAACGACAAAUACGCACAAAAUUCGGAUUUAGAAUGACGUAAUUGAUAUUCCAACAAUCGUGCGAAGAAACGCCCAAAGCAGCCUUCUUAGUAUCUUGACACUCGUUUUUCAAUUUGCAAGAGUAAUUGCAAUGAUUCAAUAUAGAUGCCGGGCAAGAUAACGGAGGCAGGAGUACAUAAACUCAACUUUUUAUUUCUAAGAUCAUUGCAUUUGUGUUUGCGCAUAAAUACGGUAUGUGAAUUAUUUUGAGUUAUGCUACUGUUCAUAGCAUCCGCUGCAUGCAACUGAAUAGGUAUAACUGAGCGUCCAGAGAUCUAGUAGAAAGAAUGCAUGCAUUUUCUAUUUCGGAAAAAAGUUUUCCAGGUAUGUCAACAACAUUAAUUGCUUUAGAAUGGGAUUGGCAUAAUAACGGUAAUAUUUCAAUGACACGACCUUUAAUAAAUUUGUAUGCCCCAUGAUGAAUUCACUGAAGAACGCAAGUAAUGCGGUAAUCACUUUUUUUUUUUUAAAUAUCAGCCAACUACGUGUGCAUAUUAAUUUGAAUUUUUCUAAUAUGAGAAAGACAAAAUCAUGGUAUACUAUUAUAAAAGUAAAUGAACAUGACGAUGAUCCCAGUCACGUUCACACAAUUUUAAAGUAACUGCAAUUACCUAAAGAGUAAAUACACAGUAGGUAAUUUUAUGCUCUGGGAGAACUUAGAUUAAUAUUUUAACGUUUAUGAAUAUGUAAAGGGAAAGGGUAUGUAACAGACGACGGUAAAACCAUGAUUUUAAUUAUUGUUUUUAAAUUGAAACCGUUCGUCUCAGGCAAGUUUCAAACGUGACCGAUUUUUUUUAACGUGAAGCACGUAACAGUUGAAAUAUGAGGAUCGCAAUUGUUACACGUACAAUUCUGUAGUACUUUCCACUUCCUGCAUAAUAGAUCUCUAUAAAUGACGCCCAGUUAUAAUUAUUUUAAUGGAAUUGUGUAUUUGCAAUGUCUUUCCUUCCUAAAACUGUUCUAAUACAUCACAAUAAGGUGCAAAAGAAAAUUCUAUAAAUGAAUAUGGAAGUGUGCUAAUAUAAAUGUACAUAUAGUAUGAUAUUCUGGUGAAUUUGUUGAUUUGACGAUUUUAUAUCAAUCUGAAUCCAACAAGUGGAAAUGAGACGUUCGCAUUACUCUAGCAUUUUAAUGAUUUCAGUUCUUCAAAAAUUGACAUUUUUUACAGUUGCUAAUGAAAUUGAUAUGUCAUAUUUGUAUUAUAAUAAUACAUGUGGAAUUAUUGUACAUACAAAAGUAAAUUUAAGAAAUCUUUAUCAUGCGAUUUGGAUUGUAUUAACAGGUGAGUUGUAAAUGUACAAGAAUUCAGCGUGGUGUGCUUGAUAUCAAGAAUUCAGACAGAAUAAUUGUCAAAAACAAACAAACAAACAAACAAACAAAGACUUCAAUCAAGCAUUCAUUCGAGUAUUUGUGUUGUACUCUACAAUGACAAUUUAAAAGUAGCGUUACAAAUGGACUGAAGUGAACCGAAUUUUUGGCAUCACAAUUUGCUGAUGAUCAUAUCAGGCUUUAUUUUAUAGCGUAAUUGCGUCGUGAAAAAGAAAGAACUUGAUUUCCAAAACAUUACUUGUUUUAGUUGUAUUGUAAAUAAAGAAAUCAACAAUUUCUA